CGUGACAGAUCCAAACGCACAAAGUGACACGAAAGAGAAGAAAACAUCCCGCGCAGCGCCGCCGCGAGGAUGCUCCCGGCGCCUCCUUUCUCCCACGGUGACUUCGUCGCCGUCCUCUCCCGCUGCGCCACCCUCGCGCACCUCAAGCAGCUCCACGGCCGCUCCGUCGUCACCGCCCGCGCCGCGUCGCAGUCCACCACCUUCCAACUCCUCCGCUUCGCCUCCCUCCGCCUCUCCUGCCUCCCCUACGCCCGCCGCCUCUUUGACUCCACGCCACACCCCAACGUCUUCCUCUACUCCGCCAUGCUCUCGGCCUACGCCGCCGCAUCCCCAGCUCAGGCAUACGGUCAUGACGCUCUCGCUCUCUUCCUCCGCAUGCUCCGCCGCGGCCGCCCCGCGCCCAACCAGUUUGUCUACCCGCUCGUCCUCCGAGCCGCCUGCGCCAUUGGAGUCCAGCUGGUUAGGUCGAUCCAUUCUCACGCUUGCAAGAGUGGGUUCCAUGCGUAUGACGUUAUAAGGACUUCGCUGCUCGAUGGGUACUCGAGGUAUGGAAUGAUGUUGGACGCGCGAAAGCUGUUCGAUGGUUUGACUGAGAGGAAUGUGAUCUCUUGGACUGCGUUAGUGUCCGGGUAUGCAAGGGCCGGGAAGAUCGGAGAUGCAAUCGUGUUGUUUGAUCGGAUGCCCGAGAGGGACGUGGCUGCCUGGAAUGCAAUGAUCACCGGCUGCACGCAGAAUGGGCUAUUUGUGGAGGCCGUGGGGAUUUGUAGCAGGAUGGUGGAUGAGGGGUUCCAACUGAAUGGGACGACAGUUUCUUGCGUGCUGUCUGCAUGUGGGCAUCUUGGGAUGCUUAAAAUCGGGAAGGUGGUCCAUGGUUAUGCGUGGAGGAGCUGUGUUGGUUUUGGCUCAUCAGUUGUGAAUGGCUUGAUUGAUAUGUAUGGUAAAUGUGGAAAUUUGAAGGAGGCGAGGUGGAUGUUUGAUGAGUUUUCUGAUAGGAGUCUUACCACAUGGAAUUCUCUGAUUAAUUGCCUUGCACUACAUGGGCACAGCAAGAGUGCAAUUGCUGUGUUUGAUGAGAUGAGGGACGAAGGAAUUGAACCUGAUGUGGUUACAUUUGUUGGACUGUUGAAUGCAUGUACACAUGGUGGAUUUGUCGAUGAAGGGCUUACAUACUUUAAAUUAAUGUGUGAUGAGCUGAGAAUUGAGCCAGAGAUUGAGCAUUAUGGGUGUAUCGUUGACCUUCUUGGCCGGGCAGGGCGGUUUGAAGAUGCAAUGAAUGUUAUCAACGAUAUGAAAGUCCAACCAGAUGAGGUCAUUUGGGGGUCACUACUCAAUGCAUGUAGGACACACAGACAGCUAGAGCUGGCUGAGUUUUCUGUAAGGAAGUUACUGCAGUUGAAUCCAAACAAUGCUAAUUAUGUGGUGAUGCUGGCAAACUUAUACAGUGAAGGUGGCUCCUGGGAAGAGGUUACAAAGAUAAGGAAGCUCAUGAAGGAGGAUAUUAUGGGCAAGAAACUACCUGGUUGUAGCUGGAUCGAGGUGGAUCGCAAGACACACCGGUUUUACUCUGGUGAUGAUGCUCAUCCUGAAUCAGAGGAUAUCUAUGACACUCUUGACGAAUUAGCUGCCUCAAUGGAAAUGUGACAGGAUUGAUUUGGAUAGGUUGAUAGUUUCAGUUUGAAAGGCAGCAGUUUCUAUUCCCUAAAUGGAGUGGGAUAAAUUGAAGCAAUCUAGGCAUCCUUAUGAUAGAUGUACGCAUGAAGGUGCUCCUUCGAGCUCUCCUAUCAAGCUCCUUCAUGGAAGAGUAGUACUUGUGCCAGUACUGUACUUCUGUGCCAGGAUUAUGCACUACUACUUCAUAAUGCAAUUUUGAUGCAUGAGGGAAGAAAAAUAAAGGAGAGGCUAGAAGAUUCUUUUUUAACAAUAGAAGCUAAAGAUGGAGUGAAGAACAAAUGGUUGAAGUUGCCAAUGCAUUUCCAUGCAUGUAUCAUGUCAGCAGGGGAAGACAUGGAGAAAUGAGCACCAGACGUUGUCGUUGCAAUCUAGACAGAAGAAAUGAAGGUAGAAAAAGAAUGGUGCAGAUUAUAGAACAAACAUGCAAGGUACAAUGAAGUGAACCAAAUAUGAGACGGAGAAUAUAGGUACUCUCUACGAUUCUACACUCGAUCAGAGAAUAAUUCCAGCGAUGCCAGUGCAAUGCCUGAUCAUGUAAUUCGUGUCGUGAACCGUAGCACCUUGAUCAUCCAAAAGCAGAUAAAAUCUUUAAUCCUUUGGAUGACGUGACCUGUUGAGCCUCCAAAGACAGACAAGAGACCCAUCAAUGUAUCUAAGCUUGUAGCCAGUGAGAAAUGAUAAUCACAUUUAUCUCUUGUCAAUGAUUGAGAAUCUAGCUGAUUUAUGAGCUA